AUGCUUAACGAUGACAAUCCUGACCAAAAUUUAAUUUAUGCCCUAACAUUGAAAGAAAAAGCUGCUGCUUCGGAUGCCGUACUAAGAAUCGUUAGCGUAGAUUUAUGCCGCGAUGAAAAUCACGACGAGCAUCACACCGAUCAUUUCUAUGCUGCCAAAGAUGCCUUGAUUGUACGACGCGGAGAGCCAUUUAGAAUACGUCUUAAUUUCAAUCGUGAUUUCAGUCCCAGUCGUGAUGCCAUUAGUUUCAUAUUCACCGUGGCCGAUGAGAAGAAACCCAAUCCGGGACAUGGUACACUGAUUGGUUUGGUGCCCAGAGAUGGUAUUGAUUAUUUGGGUGAUCCUUUCGAAUGGGGUGCUGGCAUAGAGGCACAUGAAACAAAUAGCUUGACUGUAUUAAUCAAACCCUCCGCCACCUGCCCCGUUACCGAAUGGAAAAUGGACAUAGAUACCAAAUUGUUGGGUGAUGGUUCGAAAUCCUUUACAUUGCCUGUACCUAUAUAUGUAUUGUUUAAUCCCUGGUGUCCCGAUGAUCAGGUAUAUAUGCCUGAUAGAAAUCAGCGGAAAGAAUAUGUAAUGCAUGACACCACCUUGAUAUGGCGUGGUUCGUAUAAUCGUCUAAGGCCUUCAGUGUGGAAAUUGGGACAAUUUGAGAGACAUGUGUUGGAGUGUUCCAUUAAAUUGUUGGGUACUGUGGGACGCGUACCCGCCGCUUACCGUGGUGAUCCGGUGCGUGUUGCCCGAGCUUUAUCGGCAGCCGUAAAUUCCGUAGAUGAUGAUGGCGUUCUUUUGGGUAACUGGACCGAAGACUUUUCGGGUGGUAUUGCCCCAACCAAAUGGAUUGGUUCCACGGAGAUUAUACAACAAUUCUAUAAGACCCAAAGACCUGUUAAAUUUGGUCAAUGCUGGAAUUUUGCGGGGGUCUUAACCACCAUUGCCCGUACCUUGGGUAUACCCUCAAGAAUUGUUACAUGCUACUCCUCGGCUCACGAUACUCAAGCUUCACUGACUGUGGACAUUUUCAUCGAUGAGAAUAACAAGAAGUUGGAUGCUGAGACCACAGAUUCCAUCUGGAAUUACCAUGUCUGGAAUGAGGUGUGGAUGACUAGACCCGAUUUGGGUGUGGGACAAAAUAGUCUCAGUUAUGAUGGUUGGCAGGCCGUGGAUGCCACUCCCCAAGAAGCUUCGGAAAAUAUGUACCGUGUUGGACCUGCCCCGGUGGCUGCUGUGAAAAAUGGUGAAAUUCUGCGGCCUUUUGAUUGUGGUUUUGUUUUUGCCGAGGUAAAUGCCGAUAAAAUAUAUUGGCGUUACAAUGGUCCAUUCCAACCCAUAAAGUUAUUGCGCAAAGAUACCAUGGCCAUUGGACAUUUUAUUAGUACGAAAGCUGUUUUGAAAUGGGAACGUGAAGAUAUUACCAGCAGCUAUAAAUAUGCCGAGAAAAGUGAAGAGGAACGCAACGUGACCCUGAAGGCCUUGAAACAGUCACAGCAUGCCUUUAGUCGUUACUAUUUGAAUGAUACCUUCAACGAGGUGGAAUUCGAUAUGCAAUUGAAUGAUGAUAUUAAAAUCGGUGAAUCCUUUAAUAUUGUGCUGGCCAUAAUAAAUAAAUCGAAAGAGAAGUCCCACACCGCCACCGGGCAAUUAAAUUGUGAAUCGGCUCAAUAUACCGGUAUUAGUAAUGAGCUGAUCAAAUCUAUGCCUUUUGAGGUGGAGGUGGCAGCCGGGGCGACGGAGUAUGUACGCAUGGAAGUUAUAUUUGAGGAGUAUUUCAAGAAGUUGUCGACUCAGGCCACCUUUAACAUCUCCUGCGCCGCCUUGGUGAAAAACACCGACUACGAAUACUAUGCCAUGGAUGAUUUUCGUGUACGCAAACCAGAUAUUAAAUUCAGUUUCCAGGGUGAUAUUGUGUCCCGACAGCCGGUUGAUGUUAUCGUUAGAUUAACAAAUCCCCUGCCCAUCCCAGUAAGGAAAGGUAUAUUCCAUAUUGAAGGUCCUGGCAUUGAUAAGCCAUUAAGAUUUAAGAUUGCUGAAAUACCCGUGGGUGGCACAGCCGCCUCAACAUUCAAAUAUAUUCCGCCAUAUGCCGGACGUGGCACGCUCUUGGCGAAAUUCUCCUCCAAGGAAUUGGAUGAUGUCGAUGGUUUUAUGCAUUAUGAAAUUAAACCACGGCCCGAGGAUAUUAUUAUGAAUAAUAAUUCGAGUAAUACAAUUAUUAGACGUAGAACUGAUGUAAUACCUUAAAAAUU